AUGAGUAGUGUUCGGUUGAGCUUCGUGUCCGUUGGAAGGAUUGCUGUGAGGAGAAAUUCGCAGUUGACAUCAGGAGGCGCACAAACAUGCCGCAGCCUACGACGCACAUCCGCCCGACCUCUAAGCACUUGCACGGUUCUGUGCAAGAGUCCCACGGAACAGCCGCCUGGACCCCCACAUAGUGUUAAGGACUUGGGGACUGGGGAAGGUUCAUCAUCAGGCGGCAAAAAAGGUGGAAACGGUGUACUAACGUGCCCAAAAUGCGGUGACCCCUGCACUCAUGUAGAAACCUUCGUAAGUUCAACGAGAUUCGUCAAGUGUGAUAAAUGCCACCACUUUUUCGUGGUUCUAAGUGAAGUGGACACUAAAAAGACCAUUAAGGACAAUGCUGAAAAUAAAUCUGGAUUUUACAGAAAACCACCGCCGCCACCCAAAAAGAUCUUCGAAUACCUAAACAAACACGUCGUAGGGCAAGAGUACGCUAAGAAGGUGCUAUCUGUCGCCGUAUACAAUCACUACAAACGUAUAUACAACAACGUCACCAGCGGCUCGAGCACGGACACGCAUCAUCCCUUACAUCAUACACAUCGAGAUCUUCUUCAUUUGAAUCAUAACACAGGAGGCGGCGGCGGCGGCGCGGAGGUGCUCGACAGAAGUAACAACGAGCUGCGCUUGGACAAAAGUAACGUCUUACUACUGGGACCUACUGGUAGUGGUAAGACUCUGCUGGCGCAGACGAUAGCGCAGUGCCUGGACGUGCCGUUCGCGAUCUGCGACUGCACCACGCUGACGCAGGCCGGCUACGUCGGCGAGGACAUCGAGAGCGUCAUCGCCAAGCUGCUGCAGGACGCCAACUUUAACGUGGAGCGCGCGCAGACCGGCAUCGUGUUCCUCGACGAGGUGGACAAGAUCGGCGCCGUGCCCGGCAUACACCAGCUGCGCGACGUCGGCGGCGAGGGCGUGCAGCAGGGCAUGCUGAAGAUGCUGGAGGGCGCCGUGGUGUCGGUGCCGGAGCGCAACUCGCGCAAGCUGCGCGGCGACGCCGUGCAGGUCGACACCACCAACAUACUCUUCGUGGCCAGCGGCGCCUACAACGGCCUCGACAGAGUGAUCCAGCGACGCAACAACUCGAAGUACCUCGGGUUCGGCGCGUGGGACGCGGCGGCGGGGCGGCGCGCCGCGCUGGAGGCCGCGCGCGCCGACGCGUCGCCGCUGGCCUCGGCGCGCGCCGACGCCGCCGAGCGCGACCUGUGGCUGCGCCGCGUGCAGGCGCGCGACCUCAUCGACUUCGGCAUGAUACCGGAAUUCGUGGGUCGAUUCCCGGUAUUGGUGCCCUUCCACAGUCUGGACGAAGACCUCCUCGUGCGCAUACUCACAGAGCCUAAGAACGCUAUUGUGGCGCAGUAUAAGCUGCUGUUCGCGAUGGACGCGUGCGAGCUGUCGUUCAGCGCGGAGGCGCUGGCCGCCGUGGCCGCGCAGGCCAUGGAGCGCAACACCGGCGCGCGCGGCCUGCGCGCCAUCAUGGAGAACCUGCUGCUGGAGGUGAUGUUCGAGAUCCCCGGGUCGGACGUGGCGCGCGUGCACGUGCACGAGGGCUGCGUGCGGCGCGGCGAGCCGCCCGCGCUGCAGCGCCGCGCCGCGCCCGCCGCGCCCCCGCCCGCGCCCGCGCGCGAGCGCGCUGCCCCGGUGCGACUCACCAACUGUAUGUACACGCGCACGCACACGCGCAGACACACGAUAUCAGUACACACACUA